AUGGGCUUUGUGCGCUGCCACUCAGACGAUACUUGUUUUAUUCGACGUCGCUCUGAUGGUCGUUGCAUUAUGUUAUUGGUAUAUGUGGAUGAUAUCAUUAUCACAGGUGAUGAUGCUUCAGGGAUUGCUCAGGCGAAACUUCAUCUUCAAAAGUCCUUUGAUGUAAAGGACUUAGGUCCUCUUCGAUAUUUUCUUGGAAUUGAGGUUGCUAGAUCCCGUCGUGGAAUUUCUUUAUCUCAAAGGAAAUAUGUUUUGGAUCUUCUUCAAGAUACUGGCAUGCUUGGGUGUCGACCCGCUUCCACUCCUAUGGACCCCAAUCUCAAACUCUCUGUUGAGUCAGGGGAAUUACUUCCAGAUCCAUCCGUGUAUCAACGUUUAGUAGGUCGUCUUAUCUACUUGACUAACACAAGGCCAGAUUUGACGUUUGCUGUUAGUGUGAUUAGUCAAUUCAUGCAUGCCCCUCGCUCAGCUCAUAUGGAUGCAGUCUACCAUAUUUUGAGGUACCUUAAGUCGUGCCCUGGUCUUGGUCUGUUCUAUGCCUCAGGAAAUCAGUCUGGAUUCUCAUGCUUUACUGAUGCAGACUAUGCUGGAUGUAACAUAGAUAGACGUUCUACCUCUGACUUCUGUACUUUCUAUGGUAAUCAUCUCAUAUCAUGGAAGAGUAAGAAGUAG